AUGCCAGGUGCCAACUGCGCUUUGUAUGGCUGUGGAACAAGUCGAAGGAGUAAUCUUUCGCUGUUCAAAAUACCUUUUCCUGCUCGAGACGACGGAGACGAAACCGUAAAGUUGAAGUCUGAUGCUCGGAAAGAAUGGCUAAGAGUAAUUCUAAGGACACGAGAAAACACGCCAGGGUUGAAAAAAAGAAUAAAUGAAAAUAAUAUAUUCUUAUGUGAGCUGCAUUUCAAACCCGAGUUGAUUUAUCAACGUAAGUAUCUCUUUAUUUUCUUUGUUUUUGCGCAAAUAUAUGGUAAUUAGACACUUGUCUACAUACAUACAUAAACAUUGAUCAUGGGUAAUGGCGUGCAACAAAUUUAUGUUUAUUUCGUUUGUAGAUGCCAAAAGAAAAACUUUGGAAACGGGUGCUGUUCCCACACAAAAUUUGCCGUCGAAAAGCCACGACUCGAAGCCAAGUAGCCGACGCUCUCUAGUACGAGAAAUUUCUGGCGAGACUCCUUCGACAUCUGCUUUGCCGCCUGUUGAUAUCGAAGGUAAAUCUGUAAAUGUUGUCAACGAAAGUUUUGAAGAGCUUGUUCCACGGGUGAAAGAAAGUAUAGCACUUCCAUGGGUUAUGAAAAAGUGCAACGACCUUGAAAUAAGGAUGGAACUUUGGGACAAUAACUAUUCGCUACCGAAGUUUGUUUUACACGUCGAUAAAUGUUUGCAAUUUUCCUUGCAUAUUUUUAACUGGCUACUGCCCGACGAACACAGUAUCUACACUGCUCAUCGACGUCGAAUCACCUCUGCUGGAGUUGUUGAACUCUUGCAAUCUCUUCAAGACGAUGACUUCUUGAUAUGCGAAGGACUACACCAACACGCUGAAUACCUCACCACCAUUGCAAAAGAUCCUGAUGACCAAUCCCAUCCACUCCACCCAUCUGAUGUUGUACGGCAUUCUAUCCCAAAGAGUGUAGAAAUGGAUACAAAUUUUGGGGUUUUAGCUGUUUUUCGCUGUGUUACUUGUCAGGUUUUAGUUCGCAGACAAGACCAAGGUGACGUUAUCUGUGAACCAUGCAAACAACUACAAAGGAAAAUUGUAGCACAGCAAAAUCGCAGUGCACGCCAAUCGAGUGCCCCUGCUAAGGAUAAAGCUCCCCUUACUCGUUGCAGUGCGGACAAGCUAAGAGCAACAGUAGUGGAAAGUCGCGUAAAGUGUUCUUUGCUCGAAGCGAAAGUGAAAAGCCUCCAAGUUCAAAUAAAAAAGGAUUCAAUCACAGUUAGUGAGACCCUUGAAAAGGAUGUGUUGACAAACAUGGGUGGACAUAACUUAGAAAGCACACCACACAUGAAGUUCUUUUGGGAACAACAAGUCCGCCUGCGGCAAGCAAAUAAAUUUGGACGGAGAUUUCAUCCUCAAGUAAUUAGAUUUGCAUUGUCCAUUCAUUGCAAGUCUGCUUCUGCCUAUAGAGAGCUGAGAGACAGUGGUGCCCUCAUAUUGCCCAGUGAACGAGUUCUUCGGGACUACAGAAAUUAUUUCAAACCUGGAGCUGGCAUUACCAAAGAAAACGUUGAGGAGCUCAAAGAAAAAGCAUCAAAGUUUUCUGGGAUUCAUAAGUAUGUGGCAGUGAUCAUGGAUGAAAUGAAGAUCCAAGAGAACCUUGUGUUUGACAAGACGUCUGGUGAGCUAAUUGGCUUCAUAGAUCUUGGCGAUCCUUUAACCACCUUUGCCAAUACUGACGAAGAAACCCCAAUUGCAUCCCAUGCACUGGCAUUUUUGGUUAGGGGGCUUUGCACCAAUUUGAAGCAUGUAGUUGCCUACUACUUUACUGGCAAUGUUACAUCAUUUCAACUACUUCCUUUGUUUUGGAAAGUGGUUGGAGUGCUUGAAACCACAGUAAAGUUGUGGGUAAUUGCUGCUGUCAAUGAUGGUGCUUCCCCUAACCGGAAAUUCUUUGCACUCCAUGCCAAGCUUGGUGGCACACUACCCUGUGGUCUAGUGUACAAGACACCCAAUCUUUUCGUUCUGACUCGGAUAUACUUCUUUGCUGAUGUACCUCAUCUUAUCAAAACCACUCGAAAUUGUCUCUACAAUUCAGGAUAUGGAUCACGUAGUCGGUAUGUAAAGUUUAAUAUAUUUGAAAUUGUUGUUCAUUAUUUGCAUGAAACUGGUCUGCUUUUAACUGUUUAUUUUAUGAUUGAGUUAGUUUUCUUUGGUGUACCACAGGAUUUGUACUAUAUAUAUUACCACAUACAGUAGCUGUCCUUGAAUACUUAUUACAGUAGUCAAGAAAUAAAGGGAAAAACCUUGUUAGGAAACCUCCUCAAUCAUGAAAUACAGUUAUAAAGCCUAUGUAAUUGAAUGUUGGGCUGUAUGCUAUAUAGAGAACACAAAGAUUCCGAGGGCUGUUUAGCAUUCAGCUCUUGUUCUCUGGCCUUAUCUCUUACUGUACAGUACCAUACUGUAUAGCUUCAUUUUAACCCAUUAAAUUGCAAAGCACUUUCAAGUGUGCCGGUGUGCCCUACUUUAAGUUUCUACUCUGACUAAUGGCACUUGUGGCUAAAUUGUGUCAAGAGGAGAGUCGUGCAUUGCAUUUUAAUGGGUUAGUUUCCUGUUCCCAUAGUUGCCCAAGUCCUAGAAUAUAUUUUUACCUUUAUAGGUACAUGUGGAACAAUGGCCAGUAUUUGCUGUUUAGGCAUAUUGCUGACAUGUUCCACAAUGAUCAGGAAUAUGCUUUACACCGACUGCCAAAGCUGACGUUGGACCACAUUUUGUUGACCGGCUAUUCAAAGAUGAAGGUGAAACUUGCUGUUCAAGUGCUGAGUAGAACCGUUUCAACCUGCCUGCUUGAGAGUGAUGAUCCAAGUGUUGUUGGCACAGCAAUGUUCUGUCAGAUGGUAAAUGACUUCUUCGAUUGUUCGAAUGUCAGGUCAUUGAAAGAGCAUCAACUGAAGCGAAAUGAUCGCAUCAAGCCUUAUGAGAGCCCCGAUGACGAGCGUCUGGUGUGGAUGAAGAAUACAUUUCUAAAGUAUCUGGAAGAUUGGAAAGAAAGUGUGGCCACGAGAAAAGGAUCCUACACUACAG